AAUGGUUUUACGUAUUAUUAACUGCCUGUAACGUAUUGUUUUUUUUUGUUUUGUUUUUUUUUUUGGUUAAACUUAGUCACUGUUCUGUGGCGUUUUUGUUGCGUGUAGUCCUACUAUGGGCUUGUUCUAGAAUUUGAGUCAAACAAAACGGCGUUUUUUCUAUGUAGAUCUCCUCGAUUAUUCAGGUUGACAUAACUGUUAAGUUGAUCUGAUAACUGUUUGCGCAAUAGUUUCGAGGAAAGGCGUGAAUGUUCAGGAUACUUAUCAUGGUUGUGAGAAAUUCUCGAUAACAUUCACAGAGUGGAAAUUCUCUUGUCAUUCGCGGUUUCAGUGCAGAUAAACCAAUGCGCAUAUUUCAUUUUAUAGUUGUUGAGUGAAUUGCGGAUGUCUGCGUGUUCGAGGGAAGAGAAUGUAGAGUCAGCAUACUGCAGUGCGCGUGACCGAGAACGCUCAGCUCCACAGGGAAAAGCUUGCAUGAGUUUGAUCAUUAGCGUAAUCGAGUUACAUAUGAGUUUUCAAAGAGUAAGAAGGAAUGACCUGGAAAAACAUACACGGGCGAGUGGUAAAAAUUGAUUAAAAUGGUAUUGAUGCAUAUUUAUGUAUGCAUGUAUGUGUAUUUAUCAGACAUUUAUGUGAUCUCAACAUUUAAGUCGUUUUCUCAAGAUAUCAAUGUAAAAGUUUUUAUUAUUUUUUUAUCAAGUAUCAGAAGCCAGUUCUACAUGUAACAGGCCUAUCUACUGCUGCAUUGUUGAGCAUGUUUGCUUUUACUUAGGGAUUCAAAAAUAGAUGACUGUCACUGAUAGUUCAUUUCCAAAUCCGUGUCAGACACUUUGAAAAGGUGGCAACAAAUUUAUCGUGACAUGUAAACACAGUCAAUUUCAGUGCCAGCCAACUCAUGGGACUGGGACAUCUGCAUGGUUGAAUGAAGUUUAACAGAAGCCAAUUAAAUGGUUUGUGGCUAACCACAGAAUUUGUGAGUGAUGUGCAGAGUUUUUUUUCUUUUUCUUGAGAAUAUUAUAGUAAUUGUAAGUCAUGGGAAAGCAAGACAGAAAAAAUAAUGCAUGUGAGGGUUUCUAUACACGUGAACCGAAGACUGUUCAACUCAUUCUACCUUUUGACUGCUGAAUUUGCAAAUAACUCUGUUUGCUUCAGGGAGGUAGAUAUUAUGCAUUCUAGUAAAAUUAGACAAUUAGACCCACUACCAAUACCCUACAAUCCUGAGGUAUGCUUUCACUCACUGAAAGCAUCUUGCAUCUUGUGUUUCUGCUGUGUGUGUGUGUUUCUAUAAGUUUGUGUUCAAGAAUCAGGUCUGCUCUAUAAAAUGCACAUCACAUCUGGAGUGGAUUUGGCAAACAAAGAAAGAUGGAUAAUAGUUGGCCCCGCUUCCCUAUCAAAGCUACACACACGCACACAUACAUACACAGCAUUAUGACCCCGGAUUGUUCUGCAGGCGGAUAUGUAAUGCUGAGGGCAUGUGGUUCAUAAGAUCAGAUAAGGUCAUGAGGGCAGGUAAGCAGAUAGACAAAGCAAGAAAAAUAUGUGAAGCGAAGAGUUUGGAACAGUGAAUCUAUAUCAGACUGGGAUAAAGUGACCAAAUGAAAGAUGAUUUAGCUUCACUCUGGUAUCCAUAUGUUGAACAGAACCAUCCAAUGAUGCUGUAAUUAGUAUUGAAUGAAAAAAGAAAGAAGAGAAAAAUGAGAGAGACAGUUUUAGAAUGUUAAAUCAAGCCUUUGAAUGUGUUCAUGAAAAUAAAAAAACAUCUAAAUGUGAGAACUGGCAGAAUCCAAACAUUAACAUUUCAAAGUCUGAUUAUCAGUAUUAUCAGAGAGAUAAACAGAAUUUUUACUAUAACCAUCAUGUUUAAUUGUAAGAAUAACAGCUAUUACAAAUGGAAGUUAGAACAUAAGGUUAUGGUGAAGACUUGCAUUUAGUUGGUCUGGAGUCUCUGGACCCACAUUGUGGAUUGGAGAAAUUCCCCCAUGUAAAGCAACAAUGGAACACAGAGAGCUGUGAAAUAAAAAUGGGGAGAUAAGGAAGAUGAGAAGAGAUUGCAAGUGGGUAGAUGGUGUGUUUCAUAAAGCCUGUCUGUUUUAAGUACAUGAGAGUGUCCUAACCUCAGAAACUCUAAACUAGGGUUGGAGAUUGAACAGUUUUUGUCCAAUAUGUAAUAUUAGAAGAAGGGCAUAUCAUAGAUAUAGAAUAUACUUAGUUGUCUUUUGUCGCUACAAUCUGCAUGACGUAAAUUUCCUUUGGAUAUCCUGUCAUUGUCACUGCAUGAUGAACUUUGGAGCACAUUAAGACCAGUAGGAAUAUUAAAACUUAUACAUUGUUAAAGACAAGUCAAUUAUAAGCUAUUAAAAGGAUGCAAUAUGCAAGAACAGUAUUAACAGCACUUAAAAAUAAAGGUUCUUUGUUUGCGUCUAUGGUUCCUUGAAGAACCGCCAACAUCCAUGGAACCUUUUUUCAUUCCACAAAAGGUUCUCUAUAGUAGAAAAGGGGUCUUUAGAUUAUUAAAAUGUUCUUCACACUAAGAAAAAAGGGGUUCUUUUAAAAGCUGUUCACUAAAAUUUUCCUUUGGGGAACCCACAGUUCUUCUAUGGCAGCAACGUCGGUAAUGGAGAGCCGCUGUCCACAGCCCACUUUCACUUCAGAUUGAUAGUAGACCUUCUCAGAGUGUCUCUCACCGAAUAUCAGGACUGUCUGAUGUAUAAUUCCAGAAUAAAAGCCCUCCAAAAACCCAUAUAAAAGCUGUUUUGUAAAAAAAAAAAAAAAAAAAAAAAAAAAAAUGUCCUGUUUCUAUCUGAAUUUCAAAUAGACAAAACUGAUUUUGAGAUUUUGGAGGGCUUUUAUUUUUUAAUACAACAUCAGACAGUCCUGACAUUGGGUGAAUGACACUCUGAGAAUGUGUACUAACAGUCUGAAGUGAAACUGGUUUGUGGAAACAGGGAGUUUCCUUUUACAGCUAUGUGAAUUUACAGAUAGAACAGGUUAACAAAAUAUAAUAGUCUUUCGUAAACUAAUAUAAGUUUAAGAAAGACUAUUAUAUUUUGUUACUCCACAUCAGACAGUUUUGAUAUUAUUUUGAAAUUCUACAUUUAAUAUUGCUCAACAUUUAAAGUCUUUUCAUGUUAUCAGGCCUUAUAUUUUUUAAUAUUUGUAUUAUUUUAUAUCUAUAUGUCAUGUAUUUUUUAAUUUACUUAUUCAUUAGUGACAAACAAACUGUCUGAAUAAAUGAAUGCAAAAUAUCAGCAGAAGUUUAUUUUGAAAUGAGUUUUUACACACUAUUACAGUAAUGCCCAAAACAACGUGGGGGCUAGAAUGAUCGUGUUUUUCAAAGUGGAGCCUGGCCUGAACACAGUCCAAAAGCAGCCAGACAAGCAGGCCAAUCAUUGUCAAUCAUUUAUUGUGCAUGCUUAAAGGGAUUGCUUAAAUCACAAAAGUAUUGCCUUCUUUUUUGAAAAGUUGAAUAUGUAUGUAACAAAGUUCAAGUUCAGGGAUGGAGGAGGUGGGAACCAACAAAUGUUAACGUAAAACCGGUGUGCCUCGCUCCGUUCACAUGGCUCUCAGCCCUGCCCUGCUUCUCGCCACAAUACUUCUAAAUGUAAUAUCUAAAUAUCUGGAGCUUCCACAGUGUAAACAACAGACUUCUCUCUAAUGAUGUAUGCAGGACUUCUUCAGUCAUUUAGUCUGCUUAAACCCCGGCCGAGCAAGUCCACUUUUAUCUUCCUCCACUUUUGAGUGCAACGACCACAUCCCAAUAUCCAAUUAAAAACCAACGGAUAAGACCAAGUCCCCGCCCUACACUCUUAAAUAUGAAGCUUCCUAAAAGCAAAGCCAUAGAAGAACCAUUUUGGGUUCCCCAAAGAACCUUUCAGUGAACAGUUCUUAAAAGAAUUUUUUUUUUCUUAGUUUGAAGAACAUUUUAAUAAUCUGAAGAACCUUUAUCACUGUAAAGAACCUUUUGUGCAUGGGAAAGGUUUCGUGGAUAUUAGGCUAAAGGUUCUUCGUGGAACCACAGAUGCAAAUAAAGAACCUUUGUUUUUUUUCUUUUUCAAUAAUCUGUUACACUCGGAUGUUGGCCUACGUCACAAUACGGAAGAAAAAGAUCUGCAGUAGUUCUCAUCACAACUUUAACUUCAAAUUAAUUUCCUGAACUUGAACUGAUUCGAAAUGAAUUUUUUAAAAAUUCAUAUUAUUCAUAUUUUUAACUAUAAGGAAAGUCUGUCAAAAAGACAAAAACCUUGUAUGAAAGUUUUUAAAAAAAAAUUUUUUUUUUUGAAGGUUUAUAGGAUAAAACAAUGAUGAGAGUUGGAGUACGUUUAUUGACAAAAAGAAAAUGUUUUUAGUUAUUUUAUAUUUUUAUGUGAGGAAAUGCAGCUCUGUUUCUAUCUUUUGAAGAUGUGCUUUUGUGCGAUGAGUUGGCUAUAAGAGAUUAGAGGUUUAGAGAUGGAGACAGAUGUUUUGAUAUGGUUUAGAGGAGUGUGGAGGGUGUGAUAACUUCAAAUCAUGAGUCAUCGCAACGUGUGCUUACCUCGGCGUGCGUGUGCGUGAUGCGCUGCAGACUCACUCCGCUGUCCUGCUGGAAUCUUCAGCAAACACGGAAGAAGCGGAACAACACAGCGGUGAAUGCCAAAUAAUGGUCUGGAUAACACAAUUGUAGAUAUCAACAGCGAUCCAGAUCCAUUGAGUCCAGUCCUGUGCGCUCUGCUUCAGCAGUGAUGUGAGGUGGGCUUACAGCGCUCUAUAGCGCGGCUCUAUUUCUACUGGAUCAGCAAAUACUCUCUGUAUAGGUAUGCGGUAUCAAGUGUAAGGGUUAUUUUUGUACGUCUGUCAGUUCUGCAGGUUUUCGCGCUGGAAGAAGUAUAUAUGACCGAGCAGAAGUGGUAUUGAUUAAUUUUGACCUGAAAGACCUGCGCAUAGAUGCGUUUUGGAAAGGAGUUGAUCACACGGGAAUCUCAACGGCAGACGGGACUGGCAGUGUCUAUAAGGAUGUCAGAAUUGCAAAUCUGAAUUCUUGGCUUUAAAUAUGAAGAGACACUCUGAACCAAUGAAGAGUUUUUCAUGAGAAUAAAUCAAAAAAGCAUCCCGACUCUGUCCAGUUGGAUUGAUUUUGAAUGCUAAGUGCGUUGUGAUUUCUUUCUUUACAUUUCCUCUCAUCCGUUCACCCUGCUGCAAGGUCUGUCUCUCUGUUGUGCUGGAGGACGCAGUGGGUCAGACAUGUCUGCCAAGGCUCCCAUUUACCUUAAACGACGAAGCCGUAAAGGAAAGAAGGAAAAGCUGCGUGACCUUCUUUCAUCUGACAUGAUCAGCCCUCCGCUGGGAGACUUCAGACACACCAUCCACAUUGGCAGCGGAGGAGGCGCAGACGAUCUUUUCGGUGACCUGUCUUUCCUACAAGGUAAAUUUCACCUGUUACCAGGGCAGCAAGGUCAUCAAGGGUCAUUUCAACUAAGUCGCACAGCGAGUGUAAGCAGUCACCCAGUGCCAGCCAGUGAGAGCUCACCUCUGCUGAAAAACGCCCUGUCGCUUCCUAUCAUUGGAGGGGUGCAGGCGCUCACACUUCCGGCUGUGACUUCAGCAGCAACGGCGACCGCUGAGGUCCCAACAGCCCCGACCACAACCCAAUCGCCCCCAACAUCUCCGUCUCUCGCUCCACCUCCCAAACCUCCCAGACUGCACCUGGAAGAGAGGACAGUGUCACGACAUGCAUCGCUUCCUGCAUCUCCAAACCGCUGUCCACUUAAUUUGCACACAUUUGGGCAGAGUCCAGAUACUAAAGAAGAUGAGAAAUUUGUGAAGGAUGGAGAUGGGGAGGAAAGGCCAUUUCUGUCCAACGCCGGCUCUAUGCUUUCCCUCCAUCUGGACCUGGGGCCAUCCAUCCUAGAGGAUGUGCUACAGAUCAUGGACAACCAGAGAACAGGGACAUUCAGUGGGCGACUUACACCCAGUGGACGACAAGAGAUAUAUACCUGAAAGUGAACAAAGACGUGAGUCAAAGCUUCAUGGUACAUAAAUGGGCUAAUCACAUUUUUCUUCAUGUAUCAAAACAUUUUGCCAUCUGAGAGAACUCGUUUACCUGCUGUACAAUGGCAUUUCCUGGAGACUUUGACCUUUUUUUCCUCAUUAUGCAUAUAAUCUUUGGAAAAGACCUUUGGAAACUACAGGAUUUGAACCUGUAUCACAAUUGAAACUAUUUGGAUUUCUCUGUAUUCAAAUGGAUUGUUUUAACUCAUCUCUAUUAUUUUUGGACUACAAGCAAUACACCAAUUCUGGCUUUAGAUCUACUCUUAGAUGCAUUUUGAAAUCUGAAAGCAUUUUAGCAAGCACAUCUCAAAGUACCUGUGUUGAGUGUACAGUAUGUACUAUUACAGAGCAACAUCCUACAGGCCUCCUGGUUUCACUACAGGAAAAGAAAAACUGACAUUUUCCUCUUUCAGAGCAGUGAUGACAUCAUCUCCCCCCUCUGUGUUGUUGCAAUUUGUGUAAUCGGGUAAAAAUGCGCAGCUCCUCCCUAACGAUCUGGACACACACACGCGCCAGGAGGCCUGUGCGUCUACACCCUGGGAUUUUAACGUACUCUUUUUGUUGGGAGUAGUCUUCAUUGUUCAGAAGCAGAAACAAAAAGGCUGUUUUUUCAACUGAGCGGGAGUAUGAAAUGUUUUCCUUUCAUGAAAUACACCUUUUUUUUUUACUGUGUUUGUUUGUUGGUGAGGUGUCUGCGAUCCCUCCGGCUUUGACAGACGAUCGCUUUUCCUUUCUCUGACUGAGCGUGAAUGAUGGGGCCUAAAGAAGGGCUUGUGUUACCUUGGUGUCCCCCAUGUAACCCACCCCACACGGGUUAAUAAUGCUCUAUGCUUUCCGUUCCCAGAUUUAGACUAGUAUUAUUUUCUUGUCAGGUUAUAAAUUAAAACAAAUAACUCUUUACUUUUUUCUAACUUACCACAAAGUGCAUCAAACUGUCUACAAGAGGUGGGCUUAAAAGAGCAAACACUAACAGGAACACAGUCAUUUUGCAAUCAGUUUUAUAUGAUGCUACCUUUGCACUUUUUAUAUGAUGCUAACAGCACUAAGAAAACCUGCUGUAUUCAUUUAAACUCAUCAGUUCUCAUAUUUAAAGGUACAGUAUGCAACUUCUGACGCUCUAGCAGUUAAUAAACAAAACUGCAUGUGGAAGAACAUUGUAGCCGGAUCUACUCUCUGUUUAUGUAUAUGACGAGUCACACAGGUGCUGGGCUACUCUGCAAUGUUUGUCGUCCUGCUUGGUUUGAAAUUGUCCAAAUAUAAACACUUAUUAUAGGCGUACCAUACUCGCUCAUUAUAUAAAUUUUGAACAUAAAAAGUUAUAGUGUACCUUUAAAAAAAAUCUAUUUGAGAUUUGAAACAUAAUGAACAAAAUCAAAAAAAGUUUUGUUCUAAAUAGCCAUUGUUUCUGACACUGUCUACAUGGGACGCGACCGUUGUCAUGUCACACCGUAACAGCUAGAAGCUGUCCACACUGGAUGCAACAAAGCGACCGUUGCAGAUCCAUUUAUCCUUCGUAGCAGAAGUAGCGCGAGCGCUUGGAGUACAUCAGAAAUAGAACAGGGCAUCAGUUUUCUGUCAGAAAUUAGUUGUCACUCAAAUUGUGUUGAGUAUUAGUGGUUGUUUUUUUAGGACUCUUGGUUCCUUAUUUAUUUUUGUUACAAGCGGAUUGUCUUACAAUUUUAUCCUUACAUUGUGAAAUCCAUUUCCAAAGCUGAGUCUAUUUACAAAAUCAUAGUUCUGUGCACUUAACUUCAUUGCUGACAUACAUCUGAUCUAAAGACCGAUCAAAUCCACAAACAGAUUAAAUCCUAUGGUGUACCUUUCUAUUCGGCCAAGUAUUUAUUUUUGUAAGCUUAAAGACUAAUUUUGUUACAUUUAUUAUUAUCAUAUUGAACAGGGACCUGAAUGUUAGACUUAGGAUGAAUAGAUUUUAUUACUAGUCAUAACUUUUUUUUUUUUUUUUACAUUAAUAAGCAGUUCUCUUAGCUACUUUACUCCUCAAAUGAUUUGAAAGAGAGAGUAGAAUAUGAAAAUAUCUUCACAUUUGUAAUUUUUAUUUCUUACAUCAAUGCGUAUUAUUUUAAGACCACAUGUAUAACUCAUAUGCAGUUGUAUUUAAUUAAGGGUAAUCAGGGUUAUUGAGGAUCUUAUGAUUUUGCAUCACUGAAGCACAAUUAAAGCAAUAAUACAAAAAACAAAUAAAAGUACAAGACCAUAUUAAAGGUCAGACCAUUCAACAAGCAAUUGGGUAAAUAUAGCUGGGUAGAUGUAAAUUUAAAUAGGGAGAUGCAUUGCUAAAAACCACACAUGCCUUAAAAAGCAUCUCUAAAAUACCUGUACUUUUCAACUCCACCACAACAAAGUACUGUGAUGAUUCAUGUUGACUAAUAUUAAUGCUAUUUAUGACAAAUAUAGACCUGGAUUGUAACUCGGAUUUGGACUAUUAAGUUCAAAAUUGCAUAAGUAUAUGACAUUCCUGACAAAGAGUUUUUACCAUAAAAUAUUGCAUCAUGUUUAGACUGAAGGGGAAACAGCUGCAUCUCUAUGUUAUCUCUAUAUUAUAGCAUUGCUGCCUUGUCAAUAAAAGUGAAUCAUUAAUAACUUUGGCUACACAUCUUAGCUGAGCAUCAUGUGCCUAUAACAGCUGUUCAGAUUUGCACCAAAAGACAUUUUAGCCCAUGUCUUGGUUUUUAUUGGGCUUUGUCUGAUUCUAUACUGGAUGUUAAGUGGAUGUUUGUUGCUGCUGCUGUACACACUACAAUAGACUUGGGAUAAGACACAGAAACAGAAACAUAAUGAUCAAUAAAUGCUGAUUUCUGAUUCAA